GGAGGCCGGACUCAGGGCUGUAUGCAGCGGCGGGAGCCAUGGCUCUGGGAUUCUGGCUGGCAUGGGCAGCUGCCCUCUGCGGCCGGGCACUGGCCCUGGACGGAGGGAUGCUCUACCCCCGGGAGACCCCGAGCCGGGAGGUCAAGGAGCUCAACGGCCUCUGGGACUUCCGAGCGGACUUCUCCGAGGACAGGACGCAGGGCUUUCGGGAGCGGUGGUAUCAGAGACCCCUGCGGGAGUCGGGUCCUGUACUAGACAUGCCCGUCCCUGCCAGCUUUAAUGACGUGGGCCAGGACAGCAAGCUUCACAGCUUCAUCGGCUGGGUGUGGUACGAGCGGCAAGUAUUGGUACCUCGGAGUUGGGCCCAGGAUCCGGACACCAGAGUGAUGCUAAGAAUUAGCAGUGCCCACUACUAUGCAAUUGUGUGGGUAAACGGUGUCCACGUGACUGAGCAUGAGGGUGGCCACCUUCCCUUUGAAGCCGACAUCAGCAAGCUGGUCCAGUCCAAUCUUGGGGAACCGAGUCGCAUCACCAUCGCCAUCAACAACACCCUCACGCCCCACACACUGCCACCGGGCAUCAUUGAGCACAAGACCGACCGCUCCCGGUAUCCCAAGUAUUAUUUUGUUCAAGAAACAAAAUUUGACUUCUUCAACUAUGCUGGGCUGCACCGCUCAGUCUUCCUCUACAGCACCCCCAGCUCCUACAUCGAUGAUAUCACUGUCACCACCGACUUAGAUGAGAGCACAGGGCUGAUAAACUACGAGGUUGUUAUAAAAAGCAAUGAGAACUUUGAGCUCCAACUGCUUCUCUGGGAUAUGGAAGGAAGAGUGGUGGCGAAGGGGAAGGGAGCCCGGGGCCAGCUAGAGGUGCCCAAUGCCCAGCUCUGGUGGCCUUAUCUGAUGCACCCACAGCCUGCCUACCUGUACUCACUCGAGGUGACCCUAGAGGUACAGACAGGAGCCGGCAUCGUGUCUGAUGUCUACACCCUUCCUGUGGGCAUCCGCACCGUGAAGGUCGUACAGAACCAGUUUCUCAUCAAUGGAAAGCCCUUCUACUUCCACGGGGUCAACAAGCAUGAGGAUGCGGAUAUCCGUGGGAAGGGGUUUGACUGGGCUCUGGUGAUGAAGGAUUUCAACCUGCUCCGAUGGCUGGGGGCUAACUCUUUCCGAACGAGCCACUAUCCCUACGCCGAGGAGGUGAUGCAGCUCUGUGACCGCUAUGGGAUCGUGGUCAUCGACGAGUGUCCAGGCGUGGGGAUUGCGUUGCCGGAAAGCUUUGGGAACAUCUCUCUGCAACACCACCUAGAAGUCAUGGAAGAGCUGGUCCGGAGAGACAAGAAUCACCCGGCUGUGGUCAUGUGGUCUGUGGCCAACGAGCCCGUUGCCUCGCUGGCACCCGCUGCUUACUAUUUCAAGACCCUGAUAACCCAUACCAAAGCCCUGGACCCCACCCGACCUGUGACCUUUGUGUCCAAUACUAGGCCUGAAGUGGAUCAUGGGGCGCCAUAUGUGGAUGUGAUCUGUAUAAACAACUACUUUUCCUGGUACCAUGAUUAUGGGCACCUAGAGGUGAUUCAGCUGCAGGUCAGCACCGAGUUUGAGACCUGGUAUAAAAUCUACCAGAAGCCAAUUAUCCAAAGCGAAUAUGGAGCAGACAACAUCCCCGGGCUUCACCAGGACCCUCCUCUGAUGUUUAGUGAAGAAUACCAGAAAUUUGUGCUGCAGCAGUAUCAUUUCGCUCUGGACCAAAAACGCAAAGACUACGUGAUUGGAGAGCUUAUUUGGAAUUUUGCCGAUUUCAUGACGGAACAAUCACCACGGAGAGUUGUUGGGAAUAAGAAGGGAAUCUUCACCCGACAGCGACAACCCAAAGGUUCAGCAUUCCUUCUGAGAGAACGAUACUGGAAGAUCGCCAAUGAAACCAUGUAUCCUCAUUUAGCAGUGACUCCACAGUAUUUGGAAAACUGUUAUUUUUUUACUCCCUUGAGUAAAGAAACCUACCAGGGAGGGGGGAGGGAGCUGCUUGAUUUGUAAGGGACUCCAGGAUGCCCUAGCAGACAGGAUGUUUCCAAGAUUCUCAACUACAUCUUCUGGCGGAGGGGUGGGAAGACAUGGAGAUUCUGAUAAUGUUCUGCAAGAUGGGAUACUAUCAAGUAUGAAAUGAGACCUUUUACCAGAACAGGAAUGCAAAUUUUAAGAAUUGGCUAUCCCUAAGUGGGAGGACCUGCAUGAAAAAAUAUGUCUGAAAACAAUUUGAAACCAGUUUGAAAGAUAAAUGUGCCUUGUUCUCACAUCUCUCGUGCAGACAGAAUCUUAAAAUCAGGGUGCUUUAAUGACUACACGGUAUUAAUGGUAUGUUCUUACAAAGUUGUAAGUUUGUAAGUUGUAUGUUGUAUGUUUUCCCAGCAAGAGCCCUGUGCUAACACAAAAGCAAAGCCUGGUCCUUUAAUGCAGAGGUAGUACAUUUUCCUCUACCGUGGUCACCACCCGACCAGCCAGGAUGAAAUAAAUGAGAAUUUAUAGGAGAUAAUGGUUUUUCUUUUUCACAAAUGACUGAACUUCAUACCUACCGACACCCUAAAUGGUACAAUGUGAAGGGGACACUGAUUUUACAUUGUCUUUAUUGAGGUUCAUAGCCUCAGCUUCCUUACAGAAUUCCUCAGAAGUCAAGGCCUCCAUGAUUCUUCCCCUCUUCCCUUUCUGCUCUCUUGGAAGCCAACAAUAAAGAGUUCUCAAUUAUACAUAACUCUUCCUCACGACCCUGUGAUGUGGGCAAGGCAAUUACCCUUACCUUCUU